CGGCCCCUCUUUCCUUUGCCUCGACCUUACUUCUUUCUAUCUGAGCAAGAUCACACGCCUCGAGCCUCCUCAUCAGAGCAGUGACACACAUGAGCAGCUAUCACUUCUACAACCUCGCUCGCUGAGACCUCGCUGCAUCAUGGCGUCCUCCUCAUCGGGCCAGCAGCCUCAUUCACCUCCUCCUUGGCUCCACAAUUCAUCGUCAUCUCGGCGCAUACGGCACAUCGUAUCAUUGCAUGUCCGCAACUUCAUCACUACCACCCAUUCCAACGGAUCUGGUGCUCCACCCCCACAUCAUUCGGCGCAGCUAUACCACGUCUCGCUUGCUCUCUCCUUCAACCAGCCGACAGAGGAGUCGUCGCAGCCUUUCCCCUUCAUCACCCAUCCCUCUCGGCCUGCCGUCAAUGCUGACUGGCCAAUCGACCUGAACGAGCGCGCUCGUAGCUGCGCUUCUUCUUCCAAGUCGCUUGACUCCCUCGGUCUGUCUCGCGUACAAAUAGCCGCUUGGGCAAAGAAGUCACUGCCUCAGCAGCAGGAAGAGGAUGCUGCAGCAAUAUGGGAGUGCGCAUGGGAGAGAGAUGUGGAUCUGAAUGGCUUGCAGAGGAUUCCAGGAGGGCUCUCAUCUCCAGCAGCCGCAAGACUCCCGCCCAACUCGCUGAUCCUCGGCCUCAAGUCUUCCGUUUGGUCCGGCUCGACCGAUCGCAGCGAGAACAACGCUCUCACGAAGCUGGAACGACUCGACUCAAAAGCUUCACCAUCGCAGACUCAAGAGGUUGCAAAGGUCGCGCAGCAACGCCUUGCCGCCAAUGACCAUCGAGCGCGAGAUGCUGUCACUCAUUACCUCGUCCCGGACAGCGCAGCUACAGAUGUUGUAGAACAGACAGGAGCAGCGCAACCUGCUCGAUCUACCAAGCGAAGGUCGAUGGGCGAAGUUGACGUGGACAUUGGCGACAACAGCAUUCUGAGCGGAGCGGCCAGCGAGCCAGAAGAAGGCAGCGAUACCUCCUCAGAUGAGGGCGGCGAGUCACAAAGAGAUACAGGCUACGACUCGGAGACGACGUUCGAGCUCAGCAGCAGCCUCUCUGCUUCCUCUCAGGUUGGAACUAGCUUGGCAAAGGCUGGACCUUCGCGACCUGGCCUGGACAGACGCAGAUCGAGCAGCCGUACUAUACGAGCAAUCAAGAAGGGGAGACGGAGAAAAGGGACCAGUAACUCCAAGGCCGCCGUUGGGACUGACGUCGAAGAAGAGUCACUUGGGCAGCCAACUGGAGACAGUAGCAAGGGUCAUGCGCGGCAAGAUAGCGCUACUCUCUCUUCCUCCUCUGCCUCCAAGAAAAGCCAAGAUCGUCGCGAACAAGUGCAACGUUGGCAGCUCGAGCGGGAGCGCGAGAGGGAGGUGUUGGAGCGCAGCAAGUGGGAGACAAGAAUGCUACAGGGCUAUGAUCGGGAGCAGCUGCGGGUCAUCGUUGAAGGGCAGAGCGAGGUGGACGCUACGGUCCGGGAGGAGCAAAGGGCCAGAGGGAAAGCGAAUCAGGCCCUGCUGGAUGAGACCGGGAUGCAUGCGCUGAGACGGCGGAGGGAGCAUACGAGGGGGGGCCUAAGUGAGUUGGAGCGAACGCUUGAGGUGGAGAGCGAGGGCAUCAAGCAACUCAGACAUAGGAUAGAAGAGAAGAAGGAGUCGCUAGCUCGUAGGAGAGCAAGGCUGGACUUGCUGCAUCGUCAGAGGACGGAAGGUUCCGACUCACCGGCGAGAGAGCUGGACCAAAUCGCUCAGCUACGGUCACGCCUUCACAACCUCGACGCUCUAACGCACAAUCGCCGCGCCCAUCUUCUCGAACUCCUAUCACUCAUCUAUCCCCUCCAAUUGCUCGAUCCCUCGGAGCUACUCUUCUCUAUCGGCGGCUGCACCUUGCCAAACUCGCCCGCUGCGGCUCUCUCUGCCCCCUCGCGCCACAACAAGAUCGACGAAGACGAAGUUGCCGCAGCCCUCGGCUUCGCAGCGCAACUCGUCUUGCUUGUCUCGGCGUAUCUCGAGACACCGCUGCAUUACGACGUGGCCGUCGGGGGGAGUAGAGCUAUGGUGCGGGACGGAAUCAGUUUGAUGAAUGGACCCAGAAGCUUUCCGCUCUAUUCCAAGGGCGUAGAAGCCUAUCGAUUCGAGUAUGGCGUCUUCCUGUUGAACAAGAAUGUUGAGCAGCUCAUGAACGCGCACGGCCUGCCAGUCUUGGAUUUGCGACACCUCCUGCCUAAUCUCAACAAUCUACUGCUCACGCUCAGCUCGCCGAUAGCUGUUCCUAUCGCUCAUACCCGCGAUGCCAGCGAUGGAGACCAUGUCACAGUCGGAAAUGGUGGUCCAUCCGUCGUUGGUGGCGGCGAGGGGAGAGGAGUGGAGGUGGGGACGAAGUCUACUCUCUCAACCGCUUCUUCCGCCUCGGCCUCGAACGAGAGUCCGAACAGGCGACGCGGUGGGUACAAGGUGGCAGGGAAGGGGGAGAUGAUCGUACUACCUUCGAAGCCACGUAAUACGGACGAGGGGAGCAGGGCGUCGGAUGGUGAGGGGAUGAAGGCUGAAGGAGGACAGAUCAUGACCAACGGGGCAGCUGCGCCUAUGCCAGACGCAGAGUCAGCAUCGCACAAGAAGCCAGCUGCGAAAUAUUCUCACUCUCCCGCAGCGUCAUGGACGGCCUCUCUGCUUGGAUGGACGGGAGGGGGCAGUGGGUCGCGGGUCAAAGCCGGGGCCAAGAGCGAGGUACCGAAUAGUCAGCCGGCGCCGCAACCUGGCAAUCUUCCCACUGCGAGAACGCUGGGAGGCCGACAGUGA